UCUCGAUCUCCACAGUCCACACCUUUUCUGAACUCCGUCGCAGUGCCUGACUGUUUGACUGUUGACAAAAUCCACAAACUUCCAGAGCUACGACUGCGAACCUUUCCUCAACCUACACCCCCCAACCACCGCAAUGUCUACCGACGUGGAACGCGAUCCCACCGCGGGCGAGACCGCCGAGCGCGAGCGCGAGGAACGAGAGCGCAAGGCCAAGGAGGACGCCGAGCAGGCCCAGCUGCCGUACAAAUGGACUCAGAGCAUUCAGGACGUGGACGUGACGAUCCCGAUUCCCGGGAACAUCAAGGGCAGGGAUAUGGAUGUGGUUUUGACCAAGACGAAGAUCAAAGUCGCCAUCAAGGGACAGGAGCCGUUUAUUGAGGGCGAUUUCCCCCACCCCGUUCUCGCGGAUGAAUGUUCGUGGACUCUGGAGACGACGUCGCAACCCCCCGGAAAGGAGGUGGCGAUUCACCUGGACAAGGUCAACAAGGUAGAAUGGUGGCCGCACGUGGUGACCUCGGCGCCGAAGAUCGACGUCAGCAAGAUCACCCCCGAAUCGUCCAAGCUCAGCGAUUUGGACGGCCAGACGAGGGCCAUGGUCGAGAAGAUGAUGUACGAUCAGCGACAGAAGGAAAUGGGAGGUCCCAGCAGCGAUGAGCAGCGCAAGAUGGAUAUCUUGAAGAAGUUCCAGGCCGAACACCCUGAAAUGGACUUUUCGAAUGCCCAGAUCGGUUGAAAGCCGCGUGUUGAGAACUUAACGAACGGUGUAUGAAGUUAUGAGCGUGUCUACUUUUCUACUUUGGGGAACGGAGUCCCGCGAGUGCAUAGUAUAUGAGCUGCAUUGAUUAAUAUCCGGGUAUGAUGGCUUUGCCAGAACAAUCAACCAUAUCAUUAGGCAUUUGUAGAAGAAGAAGUAUAGUUCCUCAAAUGCUAUAAAAUGGG